AUGUAUAUUUUGGGCCUGCAGUUCCACGUAGAGACGGAUCAUAAACCACUGGUCCCUAUUUUCUCCACGAAACGGAUAGACGAGCUGACCCCAAGAUUGCAACGGAUGCGCCUACGAAUCCUGGAGUAUGACUUCACGAUUGCACACGUCCCGGGCAAACUGUUAUACACGGCGGAUGUUCUUUCGCGCGCUCCGGUUGCUAGCAGCGAUGAAACAUCAUUGGACACCUUACUGCGGGAGUACGAGCUCCUCACCGUUGAGCUACUCCCAGCAUCCGGGUCACUGCAAGCACGUCUCCGGAGAGCUCUACAGAGUGAUGACGCCACAUCAGAGGUCAUGACGUACUGCGGUAACACAUGGCCACCAGCAGACGAGAUGAGCCAUGAGGUGCGCCGGUACGCCAGCUUUUCUAGUGAGCUCUCUGUCGUCCAAGGACUCCUGUUCAAGGGGAAGAGACUGGUAAUCCCAUCAGUGAUGCGACAAGAAAUUUUGGACCGGCUCCACGCUGGCCAUCAAGGUGUUGUCCGAUGCAGAGCAAGAGCGAGGGACGCCGUCUGGUGGCCCGGUAUCGGUGAACACAUCACCAAUUUUGUGACCAGAUGCCCAACAUGCCAAGCACACAGGAGAUCCCGGACGGAACCCCUGCUUCAGACCGAACUUCCGCCGCGACCUUGGCAUACCGUGGGCAUGGACAUCUUCUACAAAGACAAACAAAACUAUUUGGUCAUCUUAGACUACUACUCAAAGUUCUUCGAGCUGAGGUGUCUUCCAAAGACUACGACGGCUGACGUCAUAACGGCAUUGGGUCCGGUGUUUGCCUGUCACGGCAUUCCAGCGGUGAUAAGGACUGACAACGGGCCGCAGUUUGCCUCGAAGGAGUUCGCCCGAUAUCUGCAACGUAUCGGUGUGGUCCACGUGACGUCCAGCCCGUACUACCCUCAAAGUAACGGCCAGGCAGAGCGGGCGGUUCAAACGGCAAAGUCUCUUGUAGCCAAGUCGUCGGACAUCGACGACGCUCUUCUGGCGCAGCGGACGACCCCAGGGAAGACCGGAUACUCACCCGCGGAAUUGCUAAUGGGACGACGUCUGCAAUCCACGGUACCAGUUCCACAGAGCUCCCUGCAGCCACAGUGGCCGUACUUGGAACAGUAUCGAAGGAGCUACGCCCAGGACCAAGCGGUCCAUGCAAGGCACUACAACCGGAGGCACAGGGCCUCAUCUCGCCGGCCUUUCAGAAACCGAACGGCCGUGAGAAUACUCGCAGGAGCGGCAGCACAUGGGGCCAUCGUCGGUCAGGCCUCUACACCCAGGUCCUACGUCGUGGCAACUUCAACGGGGAUUACCAGGCGCACUAGCCGGCACCUGCAAGAGCAACAGUGCGCUUUGCCGCAGUGUGGACCACAAGGCGUCGUAUCAAGUCCAGGACGCGUGACCACACGUUCAGGGAGAGUUAUUAGACCGCCCGAGCGUUUCGGAUACCAGUGA